AUGCAGACUGCAAGAGAAUCGAGCAGACAGAAACGGUGUAACAAAAGGCGAAACCCGAGAAAGAAAUCUCUGUCACCAUCGGACUUAAAGUGCACCAGGGGUGAUGUAAAAACUGACAACAAAUUGAAUGGAAAGCGGUCGCUAUCCGAGGGUUCAGUGAAAGUUAAACAUAGGAAAAGUAACAUACGGCGAACUUUGACCCAUCCGUUUACGUAUACGGACGACAUUCGUGAUGUUAGCAUGAUCGGUGUAUUCAAUAUUGAUGUUAAAGUGGAACCUCCACCAGAAAGUGAUGAGUCUAAUUUGCCACCAACGAGUAGUGAUAGGGACACGGAGGACGAUGGGAGGCUAUCAAGGCCAGUGCCACAGAGAUCUCGGUGGGACUCUGGAAGCGAGAUGGACUCGCUUGUGUCGACGGUGGUGAGGAGAGCAUCGGCUAGACGUCGCAGGACGCCAGCAAACCCAGGUCAGAUUCCUAUUCUGAAUAGAGUUAUUAAUUAG